UUGUUUGUGUCCUCCUUAGUGAAGACAGAUCCAAAGUACCUGUUCAACUCAUCUGCCAUUUCCUUGUUCCCCAUAAUAAAUUCACCUUUUUUGGUCCAUUGAUGAGGUCACGGGGAGUCACAAGGGGUCCAUUGAUGAGGUCACGGGGAGUCACAAGGGGUCCAUUGAUGAGGUCACGGGGAGUCACAAGGGGUCCAUUGAUGAGGUCAGGGGAGCCGUUGAUAUGGUGACAGUUACGUCCCUGCUCCAGCCCACAGUCAACUGGACGAACCAUCAGUGAAGCAUGAUGCGCAGAGUACUGCUUUCGACUCUGGUCACGUUGGCUGUAAUGGGCGCCUUGCUCACCUUCAUGAACCAGGAGGACGACUUGGCUUACUGCUCGGACACAGCCCCCUGCUCCCUGGCCUUCCUGUCAAACAACCCACUCAGCCUGCGUUGCCCGAGUGCCACAGAAGUACCGGAAGACUCCAUCUACUGGCAGUACCAAGACCUUAGCCAGCCUCAAGCAAAACCCCGCACCUUCAUCAGAUCCGGGCACUUGAGGCAGCACCGCAGGGCGAUGGGCAAACUGGGAAGGCGAGCCAAUCUACGGAGCGGCUCCUUGAUCAUGAACAAGGCGGAGACCUCAGACACGGGCCUGUACCUGUGCAGGUCGGCUAAUUCCACCCUAGCCGCCUACCAGGUGGAUGUGCAGGACUCGUCUCUGCUUUACGUGUCCCACCAAGGGCUGGGGGAGAGCACAAUGUCAAACCAGAGCCUGAGGGUUAACUUGGGCUCUUCCCAGCACAUGGUCAAGCUCUACACCCGCUGGGGACCAUGGCAGGACUGUGACCGGUGCAACAUAAUAGGGGAGCAGAAGGUGAUGGGCUUCUGUUACGCCAAACUAAGCCAGGACAUCGAUGAGGACAAGGACGAGGACGAGGGCGAGGCACUGGAGGUGAAUGGCGUCACCUUGCCCUGUGGCCUAAUGGAGCUGCACAUUGGGCAGUCCUUGCCCCGGCGCGGCGCCGAGCUCCACUACCAAUGGUGCCGCGAGCCGUGCGAGAAGGAGGAAAUACCAGUGGGGUUGCCGGAGAUUGGCGAUUGGUCGGUGGUUGGGUCAGGAGCCUGCGAUCGACUGGGUGGAGCCUCGCAAAAUAAUACAGCAGUUGAUGUACCAUGA